CGAUGAGAAGUGAUAGAUGGGGACAUCCGAUACCGAAUGAGGAUUUAUCCCGUGAUAGGAAGAGUCUGAGCCUUUCGCCGGCAAUCAAGAUUGUUGGGCCAUCUCCGUAGCCAGUUUGGCUCAAGCCGUCUUGGCACCCAUUCGACAAACGCACAGUCUGGGUGGAUUGAUGUGGUGAGCUGGUGCUCUAAUCACCCACCUUUGCAUGUUUCGUGGCCUCAUUGUCGUCAGCUUCGCCAGAGUAGCAACAUGCAUAGUUGUUGACAGGACUUCGCCAGUGUCAGUAUAUGCGUCUCACAUCGGCCAUGAGCAGACGCUGAGCCCUGGCACGCAACAGAAAUAUGCGCUGGCAAUCAGCGCGAAGGGAAUGAACAGUCACUACGGCAGCGGUGUUCGCCAGAUGGCCCUCAUGAUGGAUCUGAAGAACUGCGGCUUCGGCGUAGACACUCUGACAGAGGAGGGCUAUGAUUCCCCCGACUGGGGCUCCCGCAAGGCUAUGGAGCUACUCUCAGCGUCCACGAACUUUCACGUCAGGCCAGGCGGAAACAGAUCCAGCUUCAACGCGUCCCGCGUCCAGAAGCUGAUGCACCGGUACACCCACAUCUACCUCUUCGGAUGGGCUUGGGAGCUGGAGUUCACCUACUCGGCGGAGACUGCGCUGAAGGCCCUGGAGAGGGACCCGGACCUGCGCGGCCGGGUCACCCUCGUGCUGGACGACAACCCGUACAACCGGUGCUACGCGGGGCACGAGCUGGCCUUCUGCCGCACGAGGGCUCCGACCAUGGUCAGCCGCUGGCUCAACGUGAGCUCGCGGGCGAUGUCCAUCUCAGACGUGGACGCCGCUGAGCUCAACCGCAUGAAGUCCCGCCUCGGGCUCCCAGGGCCAGACUUCGAGGCGUGGCCCCUGAACCUUGAGCACGUGGAGGAGUUGUUCAGCUCCAGCCUCCAGGCGGAGAUUCCGCAGAACUGGACCCAGCCGUACUUGACCAUGGUGGCCAACGAUCACGCAGAGAACAGAAGAUUCGUGUCCGAGCUGGUCAGCGGGGGGCACCUAGAUGAGAUCUGCGACAAAACGGAGGCUGUGCCAUCGGGUAUCAGGCGACUGAAGGUCGUCUUCGUCGGCGCGAUCUCCCGGUACAUGAUGUCCAAAUUCCCCGGCAAGAUGGCAAGAUUGCGGAAAUCCUGCGUGCUCAUGAAGAUGGAAGUCUCGAUGGAGCAGCUCCAGCGCGAUAUCAUGCCGCAGACGCUGGCGCUUCUCAACCCGUUCUUGGAUACGGUCAAUAGUGGGAUCAGCGUAAAGACUUUCGAGGCCGUCGCCAUGGGCGUGCCGAUUGUGACAUCGAUGGCCGGCUUCCGCGGCCUCGAAGAGUGCGGCAAGCGUCUUGAAAGGGCUGGCUUGCUCGCCUCUGGCACUGCCGCGGGGUACGUCGACCUCAUCAGCACCAAGCUAGUCGACCCAGAGAAGGCCGCCAAAUUCAGGUCGAUGCAGCGAGAUCUACUUCAUACCUGCGUCGUCGAGCAGAAGGCGGAGUGGCAGAACGCGUGCGUGACGAAGAUAGGCAGAGGCAGCCAAGUAGCAUGAACACACUCGGCCGCUCCAGUCGGCAAUCGGGAGCGGGUGCGCGCUUCAUGCGGCGCUGUCAAUUGCAAUAUUUCUGACACAGAUUUACAGGUGCUGGCUGCAGCCAGCUGAGCGCUGCGAUAUAUCCACAUGCACUGCGUCCAUUGCGGCUUUUCCCCAAGGUGGGUUAGAACCACUGCAAGUGCGACUGUUGAGGACGUAGGUUGCACGAAAUGAAUGCUGCAGGGACGCUUCAUGUGGAGGUGUAUUUGAUUUGGGAUUUGAGCUCUAGGAUGCUCGCCCGCCUGCCUCUCGCGGUCAGGCCUGGGCUAGGAUCAUUGGAUCGAGCCUGCCAGACCAGUGUAGCUUGUACACGCCUGGAAAACAUAUUUGGCGGCCAUGACGCGCCCGCCUGGGUGUCGAGCUCAAGGCGCCACCUCCAGCACGAGGAGGAUACACGAAGGGAUUUCGAGAGCCCGAGCAGGGACCGCCGUGAGGGCUUGCUUUUGCAAUUGGUACUUCUGAGUGCCCGAGUGGUGAUGGGGCUGCAACUUGAACUUGUGGGCGGAGCCUCCUUACAAUGUUUG